UGUCAGGUGUGAGCUAAGGCAGACUGCAACCCUAGGGUCAUUAGAAGAUGCAACAAGGUCGUCUAAGACUGCGACCCUGGCUUGAGAAGCAGAUACAGUCAGGGAAAUACCCAGGUGUCACCUGGCUUGAUGAGACAGCUCAAGUUUUCCAGAUUCCUUGGAAGCAUGCGGCUCGACAUGGUUGGAAUAAAGACACUUUGUUCCGAAACUGGGCAAUGCACACAGGCAGAUACAAACCUGGGAUAGACAAGCCUGAUCCUAAGACAUGGAAAGCCAACUUCCGAUGUGCCCUGAACACUCUACCCGAUGUGAAAGAGCUACAGGGCAAGAGCAUCAAGAAGGGCAGUAAUGCCUCCAGGGUUUACAUGAUGCUGCCUGUUGUUAAACGUACCAAACGAAGAAAAGGACCACAGAAGUCAGAAGUUGAUAUAAAACAUAGUCCGAUCUCCCUCUCAGAAAAUGAGGCACGCUCUUGUGCUCCACUGGAUGGGUUUGAAGAGGUUUUCCUGAAGUACAGAGGUGGACAGACCAGUCACAACCCUGCUAUGUUUCAUGUCGAGGACAAAUACCCUCCCAACAACAACAAAGAGGAAAGAUCACCAGAACAGCCCUACUCUCACCAGUCUUCCUUCACACCUGAAGCAUAUAAAAACUCUGAUGCUAAUGAGCAAGCAGAGGCUGUAUUCAAGAUAGUUGAUCACCUAAAACACUUGGAGCACUGGAGCCAGUCUAAUGACAACAGAAGCUGGAGGGCAGCAGACACCACCUGGGUGGACAGUUACUGUGAGAAUAUGGAUUACUUGGGGUAUCCCAUGGAGACUGACUGCUACACAUACAGUGCACAGCAAAUACCAUUUCUAUAAGACGAGCAGGAGCAACAUGCAUCGAACAGAAUGCCAAGCUAAAAUCCCUGAAAAAGGAGGAUAUACCACAUUCCAAGCCAUGCUGGCACAAGAUCUCUAAAAUUCUGUAUUCUGAUGGACUGCAAGACGGCGACCAAGGGACUGAGCACACAUACAGCACAUUAAAAACUAUUAAGUUCUACACCAUCACAUUACAGUCUACUUGUUCAGAUUAGAAUUACUGAGUUCUUUUAAAUGUUUGCUUUUUAUUGAACUAAAUUGAGAAUUUUAGCAUAGCAUCUCAGGAAAUGCCCUUUAAGAUUGAGAUGGCUUAGGAUGAGUUGGACCACAGAGUGAAGGAAAAACAUCAAGUGCUCAGCAUAUGUGGCAACUCCCAAGACUGUUGGAAAAGCAUUCCUCAUGAAACUGGUUGAGAGAAUGCCAAUAGUGUGCGAAGCUGUCAUCAAGGCAAAGGGUGGUUCCUUCGAAGA